ACACCCAUCGGCGAGAGGAUCAGGGGCAGCGAGUCGUCGGCCACCGCGCUCCAGCCUCCGCCCGCACCGAGCCGGGAUCCGGGCCGCACCGGGAGGGGCCGCUCCGGGCCUCAGCGCGAGGGCAGCGAGGGCGGCGAGGACCCGGCACCGGGCGCGGCCCGCGGCAGCGACCAUGAUCGCUUUGUUCAACAAGCUGCUGGACUGGUUCAAGGCCCUGUUCUGGAAAGAGGAGAUGGAGCUCACGCUGGUGGGGCUGCAGUACUCGGGCAAGACCACCUUCGUCAACGUGAUCGCGUCAGGACAGUUCAAUGAGGACAUGAUCCCCACCGUGGGUUUCAACAUGCGCAAAAUCACCAAAGGGAAUGUGACCAUCAAGCUCUGGGACAUUGGGGGACAGCCCCGUUUCCGCAGCAUGUGGGAGCGCUACUGCAGAGGAGUGAGCGCCAUUGUGUAUAUGGUGGAUGCUGCCGACCAGGAGAAGAUUGAGGCCUCCAAGAAUGAGCUUCACAACCUGCUGGACAAGCCGCAGCUUCAGGGCAUCCCGGUCUUAGUCCUGGGUAACAAGCGAGACCUCCCAGGAGCACUCGAUGAGAAAGAGCUGAUUGAGAAAAUGAAUCUGUCUGCUAUCCAGGACCGAGAGAUCUGCUGCUAUUCCAUCUCCUGCAAAGAGAAGGACAACAUAGACAUCACCCUACAGUGGCUUAUUCAACACUCAAAGUCACGGAGAAGCUGAGACUGUGGCCCUUCUCCCUUGGAGCAGGGACCACAGUCACCUAACCUGAAGCCGAGCUCCCCGCCCACCCUGUCAUACCCCCCAAAGCCCACCGUUCCUCACCCAGUGUGGGGAGGGCCCUCUGGGGCUCCCAGAGUCCCAUUCUCCUGAGGUUUGAACUCCUGUUUUUAUUGUAAAAUAAAUUGCCCCCCAUCUGGCCCCCUAACCUUUCUUCCUUGCUCUCUCCCUUUGUCCCUUCACCUAGGCCUGCUUUCCUCCCCUCUCAACAGCCCUGGCCGGCAGCCCCUGCCCUCCUCACCUUCCUGUCCCACCCCUCUACUUCCCUUUUCAACACUCUCUGUUAUUGUCCUGUGUGUACAGUAUAUAUAUGUAUAUAUAUUUUAAUUUUUUAAUUUAAGCAAAGACUAAAAUCAACCAUUUGAUGCUGCAGGGGCCAAUCAGGACCUGGGAGGGGUAGUCUGGAGAGAAGGGAAGAGAAGCAGGGUUGGCUUGGGCGAGCUCAGAUCUAGAAAAGUGAAGGCCAGCACCUAUAGCAGGUACUGGCCUGAGCACUGGUGGCUGCCUCCAUGUCCUCUAAGGUGUUUCUGCCUCCCAGUGUAGGGCCUGAAUACCACAGAUUGGCCGGAGCCUCCUUUCUGUCCCCAGCCUUGAUAGGACCACCAGGUACAGUCAGGUACCAGAGACCACCAGACUUAAGGGGCAGGAAACCAGUGUGCAUACUGUCCCAGCCAUCCCACCCCCCGCUGCUCCUGGUCCCAGCUCCUGCCUCUACCCAGAGCCCCCACCUCCACAGCCCACCUCAUUUUCUGUUCUCAUUUCGCAGAGUUGCACAAGGAAAGAACUCAGCAUGGGGGGUUGGCUCUUUGGGUUUUGUUUUCUUGUUUGUUUGUUUAAAUUAAUGGUUUGUAAAGUGAUGUUCCUCUUCCUUUUUACACUUUUCAGCUACUUAACCUCUGUUUGGAAAUUGAUUCUUGUAACUGUACAUUUUUUUUUUUUGCUUCCUAAUAAUGACAAUAAUAAAUUACCAAUUUUGUGUUGGG